AUGGAAGCAGUCGGCCAGAAGCUGCUGGACUUCUCGCAGCCCUUCGACGUGGCGGCGCUGGACCAGGUCGUGGCGUGCAUGAACGACCCCAGGAGCCCGCACCAGCGCGUGGCCAACCAGAUCAUGGUGGCGCUGCAGGAGCACCAGGACUCGUGGACGCGCGCCUCCGACAUCCUCGAGCAGUCCAGCAGUAUCCAGACCAAGUUCUUUGGCCUGCAGAUUUUGGAAGAUGCCAUUCGGUACCGCUGGAAGAUCCUGCCCAAGGACCAGCGCGAGGGCAUCAAGAGCUACAUCGUGGGCAAGCUGCUGUCGAUGUCGUCGGAUGAGUCGACGCUGCACAGUCAGCGCAUGUUCGUCAACAAGAUGGACCUGGUGCUCGUGCAGGUGCUGAAGCACGAGUGGCCGCAGAACUGGCCGUCGUUCAUCACGGACAUCGUCAACUCGAGCAAGACGUCGGAGAUCUUGUGCGAGAACAACAUGACCAUCCUGAAGCUGCUGAGCGAGGAAGUCUUCGACUUCUCCAAGGACCAGCUCACGGAGCAGAAGACCAAGACGCUGAAGGAAAGCCUCAACCACGAGUUCACGCAGAUUUUCCAGCUGUGCGAGUUCGUGCUGAACAAGUCGACGCACGUCCCGCUGCUCCAGAUUACGCUUCAGACUCUGCUGCGUUUCCUGAGCUGGAUUCCGCUUGGCUUCAUCUUCGAGACGGACCUAAUCAAAAUCCUGGUCACAAAAUUCCUGGCGACGGGCGUGUUCCGCAACGAUACCAUCAGCUGUUUGAGCGAGAUCGCUCAGCUUCGUGACGUCCCUGAACAGUACAACAACGUGUACGUGCAGCUGUACAUGGGCGUCCUCAACGAGGUGGGCAAGAUCCUGCCGCCCGGCAACUCGUUCACGCCGUUCUGGGAGCAGGACGAGGUGUAUGUUCAGCGUCUGAGUAUUUUCUUCACGAGUUUCUUCCGGUACCACAUCCAAGUCAUCGAGCGACCUAUCACUGCUCCUGGCGACGAGGCCCACCAGGCGCUGCUUGCGGGUUUCACAUACCUUGUGUGCAUUGCCGAGGUGGACGACGACAGCAUUUUCAAGAUCUGCUUGGACUACUGGCACUACUUCACGCGUGACCUGUACACAGUGGACCAGAACCAGAUGAACCCGCUUGCGGGCUUCCAGAACCAGUCGCGCAGCCGCCGCGAGCUUGUGUCACCCGUGAUGAACCGUGUGCGUCACGUGAUGAUCUCGAAGAUGGUUAAGCCGUCAGAAGUGCUGAUUGUCGAAGAUGAGAAUGGCGAAAUUGUGCGUGAGACGACCAAGGACACGGAGGCUCUGUCGCAGUAUAAGACAAUGCACGAGACGCUGGUGUACCUCACGCACUUGAACUACGAUGACACUGAGACGAUCAUGCUGGAGAAGCUUACGGCCCAGGUCGAGGGCACGGAAUGGUCGUGGAACAACCUGAACACGCUUUGCUGGGCUAUCGGAUCGAUCUCGGGUGCGAUGAGCGAAGAGAACGAGAAGCGUUUCUUGGUUACGGUGAUCAAGGACCUUCUCGGACUGUGCGAGAUGAAGCGUGGCAAGGACAACAAGGCUGUUGUCGCUUCUAACAUUAUGUACGUCGUUGGACAGUACCCGCGUUUCCUGCGCGCCCACUGGAAGUUCCUCCGCACUGUUGUAAACAAGCUGUUCGAGUUCAUGCACGAGCUUCACCCCGGUGUGCAGGACAUGGCGUGUGACACCUUCCUUAAGAUCUCGCAGAAGUGCCGGCGCAAAUUCGUGGUUCUUCAGAGCGGUGAGAGCCGUCCGUUCGUGGAGGAGCUGCUGGAGGAGCUGCCCCGUAUCGUUUCGGAUCUGGAGACGCACCAGGUGCACACGUUCUACGAGGCUGUGGCGUCGAUGCUUGCUGCCGAAAACGAUGCUGGCCGAAAGGAAGUGCUCCUUGGUCGCUUGAUGAACCUCCCCAACGAGGCCUGGAAGUCCAUUAUGUCCCAAGCAUCGCAGGACGUGAACAUUCUGUAUGACAGCCGGGGUAUCAAGGAAAUUGUGAAAAUCAUCCGUACGAACGUGAGGGUGUGCAAGGCUAUCGGACCUAACGGCUUCAACUCACAGAUGGGCUACAUUUUCCAGGACAUGCUGAACGUGUACGUGGCGUACACGCAGCGUAUUGCUGUGAUGGUCGAACAGGGUGGAGAGAUUGCUGUGAAGACUUCGGAGGUGCGAUCACUGCGUAGUGCUAAGAAGGAGAGUUUGCGUCUGAUGGAUGCAUUUGUGGAGCACACUGCCGGAGAUGACUCGUCCCGGCAAUUCGUGGCUACCCACUUCCUACCCAAGCUUUUGGAGACGAUCCUCUCAGACUACCAGAACACAACGCCUACUGCUAAGGAGUCCGAGGUGCUUAGCUUGCUGGCUACGAGCAUCAACAAGCUGAAGACCAUCAUUGCGCCCACUGUGCCGAUGAUCCUCGAGGCUGUGUUUGAGUGCACCCUUCAGAUGAUUACCAAGAACUUCGAGGACUUCCCGGAGCACCGUGUGAACUUCUUCAAGCUGCUGCAGGCUGUGAACGACUUCUGUUUCGAGGCGCUGUUCAGUAUCCCCCAGGAGCACCAGAAGCUGGUUGUGGACUCGAUUAUUUGGGCCUUCAAGCACACGGAGCGCAAUGUUGCUGACACGGGUCUCGCCACGCUGUUUGCGCUGCUGCUGAACAUCCAGGAGAACCCGCAGAUCGCCGCCGGCUUCUACCGCUCGUUCUACUUGCUCCUGCUUCAGGACAUUCUCGCCGUGCUGACCGACCGUCUGCACAAGUUCGGCUUCAAGCUGCACGCGGCGAUCUUGCGUCACAUGUUCAUGAUCGUGGAGAACAACCACGUGGUCGUGCCUCUGUGGGAGUCGGUGCCCAACGCGGGUCCGGUACCGCCCGGCCAGACCAACUCGGCGUUCCUCAAGGACUACGUGGCCAACCUGAUCGGCUCGUCGUUCCCGAACCUGUCGCGCGCACAGGUCGUGGAGUUCGUGGUGGGCUGCUUUGACAUGUCGAAGGACCUGCCGACGUUCAAGAAGCACCUGCGCGACUUCCUGGUCAACAUCAAGGAGUUCGCGGGCGAGGACAACGCCGAGCUGUUCCUGGAGGAGAACCUGGCGCGGACGCAGCUGCAGGAGAAGCAGGACAUGGCCGCCAAGCUGGCAGUGCCCGGCCUUGUGAACCCGAACGAGCGCCCGGACGAGAUGGCCGACCUGUAG